AGAGCCAUUAGUACCCGAGAGCUUAUUAGCUAACAGGGUUCAUCCGUUUACCCCUCGGCCACUUUUAAGAAGCAAUUCUAGAGCUAGAAAAGCAAAAGAAACAAGCAAAUCAAGGGGUAUGAAUAUAAAAUAAAUAUAGCUCGAAACAUCGAAAUGAAUAAAAGAUGGCGUCGUUGCGCCCGAUAACUCGACUUGCUUGUCGGCGAACACCGAUCAUUACUCCGGUAGCUCCUCUCUUGCGACGCGGCUAUGCGACAGCAUCCGAUAUUCAAAAUCCAGCUGCCGCAGCACAACAGCAACCUCGUUCUGAUAAUCGAGUAAGGAUAGUUGAAGUUGGGCCAAGAGAUGGACUACAGAAUGAGAAGAAGUCAAUUCCUCUGACAACCAAGAUCGAAUUGGUUGGGAGGUUGUCCAAAACGGGAGUAUCUUUUAUAGAGGCUGGUUCUUUCGUCUCACCAAAAUGGGUGCCACAGAUGGACAACUCCAACAAGAUAUUAGAGCACAUCUUAACCAACAAGAUCCCCUCACCGAUUCCAAUUACAUACUCCUUCCUCGCCCCAAAUGCCAAAGGCGUCGAGAACGCGAUCACCCUCCUACAAAAGCACCCCGGUACAUACCUAACGCAAGCCGAAUCAUUCGCUGGCGCGAAAGACAGACCAGCGGUAGAACUUGCUGUGUUCGCCGCCGCAACCGAGAGCUUCUCGAAAAAGAAUCUCAAUUGCGACAUUGCUACAUCCCUCGAGCGAUUCAAGGACGUUAUACAAGGAGCAAAACAACUAGGCAUCCGAGCACGAGCCUACAUCUCGGUUGUCUUAGGUUGUCCUUUUGAAGGGUACGAUGUCGAUCCUCACAAGGUAGCCGAGAUAGCUACUUCGCUACUCGAAAUGGGUGCGGAUGAGAUCUCGCUUGGUGACACAACAGGAAUGGGCACCGCACCCCGCACUCAGGAGCUUCUGAAGUGUAUGGCUGCUGCGGGAAUACGUAAUGAGGAUAUUGCUAUGCAUUUCCACGAUACAUAUGGCCAGGCUCUCGUCAACACUGCUAUCUCGCUAGAGCGCGGUAUCAGAACAUUUGACAGCGCUGUUGGCGGUCUAGGCGGUUGCCCAUAUAGCCCCGGUGCCACUGGAAAUGUGGCUACCGAGAAUAUGGUAUACUUCCUAGAGAGUCUAGGAAUGGAGACCGGUAUUGAUCUGGACGCUAUGGCAGACAUCGGACAAUGGAUUACUGGGGAGUUAGGCAAGCCAAAUGAUUCAGCUGUUGGUAAGGCUGUUCUUGGUGCCCGUAAGACUGCGGAUGCUGCAUCUUCGUAAGCAUGGGGUUUGAAACGAUGUUGGGAAUUAAAAAGGAAAAGUGUAUAUUGAUAUCUUCUACGGCGGAAAUAUCUCCAAACAUUCUAUGAACAUAUUCCCAUUCAAAUA